UUUUGCUCUCGCGAUAUUACCCGUACGUUCUACGUGAUUACACGUCAGACGAGCUGUGUUGGAGAAUCAUGGCGGAGCGCAGGAGGCAUAAGAAACGGAUCCAGGAGGUGAGUGAGCCCACCAAGGAGGAGAAGGCGGUGGCCAAGUACCUCCGCUUCAACUGCCCCACCAAGUCCACCAACAUGAUGGGCCACCGGGUGGACUACUUCAUCGCAUCCAAGGCGGUGGACUGUCUGCUGGACUCCAAGUGGGCAAAGGCCAAGAAGGGAGAGGAGGCCGUGCUCACCACCAGAGACUCUGUGGUGGACUACUGCAACAAGCUGCUGAAGAAGCAAUUCUUCCACCGCGCUCUGAAAGUCAUGAAGAAGAAGCCAGAGAAGGACAUCAAGAAAGACAAGGAGAAAGAAAAAGAGAAGAAGAAGGAUUCCAAGGAUGUAGAGGCUUCAGAUGUAAAGAAGGAGAAAGAGAAGAAGAAGGAUUCCAAGGAUGCAGAGGCGUCAGAUGUAAAGAAGGAGAAGGAGAAAGAGAAGAAGAAGGAUUCCAAGGAUGCAGAGGUGUCAGAUGUAAAGAAGGAGAAGAGUGACGAUAGCCCCGGAACGCCAAAGAAGAAAAAAGACGUGAAGAAGAAAUUCAAACUGGAGCCUCAUGAGGAUCAGCUCUUCUUGGAUGGCAAUGAGGUAUUUGUUUGGAUCUACGACCCAGUCCAUUUUAAAACCUUUGCCAUGGGACUGAUUCUGGUAAUUGCAGUGAUCGCGGCCACUCUCUUCCCGCUGUGGCCGGCUGAGAUGCGUGUGGGUGUGUACUACCUGAGCGUGGCAGCAGGCUGUUUCGUGGCCAGUAUACUGCUGUUGGCUGUCGCUCGCUGCAUCCUGUUCGUGAUCAUCUGGCUGGUGACGGGCGGACGCCACCACUUCUGGUUCCUGCCUAACCUCACGGCUGACGUGGGCUUCAUCGACUCUUUCCGCCCGCUCUACACGCACGAGUACAAGGGCCCGCGGGACUCCAGCAAGAAGAGCCAGGACAAGACUGAGGGCAAGACCAGCGAUGAGAAGGAGGGUGACGGUGAGGAGGAAGAGGAGGAAGGUGAAGGAGACGAGGGCGAGGGCACCGUGCCACAGGGGACGGAAGAAGGCGAGGUGGCGAAGGGGACGGGGACCUUAGUGAGUACCGCUGAGCGCUCUGACACAGACAGCGACCGGCGUGAGGACGAGGGCUCGCAGCACAGCAAUGGAAAUGACUUUGAGAUGAUCACCCGCGAGGAGCUGGAGCAGCACACGGAGGAGGAGGAGGAGGAGGAGGAAGAAGGAGAGGGAGAUGAAGGAGAGCAGGAAGGAGACGGUGAGAGAAAGCCCUUGCCUGUUCAAACAUAAACAUUUUUAUCACUGCCACCUCCUUCUCCUCCACCCUCGUGCUCCUCCAAGGACAACCUCCCACCUCCUCCAGGUCUUGUCAACCUCGCUGAGGAGACCACUCCAUCCAUUGCUCCGAUCUUCCACCAACUAUACAGAUGCCACGUCUGAGUAUCGACACCGGUGUCAAAUGGCUAUAACAUUGGAAAAGAGAAGCCUUAUUGUGCUUCUAAAAUCCCCAGCUUAUUUAAACUGAGAAAUGCAAACUAAACUUAACAGAUGUUUUUGUCUGAGGAAGUUGUCACGUUAGUUCUCCCGAUGUUUUCCCUAUUUUUCGGUACUUACGUUACGACUGUUAUCCCAUAUCAUUCUAGUUAACUCAUCCACUCUGUGUUUACUAUUGCUACAAUGCUUCCCUUGUAUGUCUCGUUUUUGCUGUGAGGCCAAGUCUCUUGUCAAUUUCCACAGACGAGGGAAUUUAAAGAGCUAUGGAAUCGUUGUUUUUACUAGGGGAAAUACUGCCGUCUUGUCUACCUACCCCUCAAAUCCAGACUGUUGUCUUAUGAACAACGUGCGAUUUGUACAAUCAUGGUUAGGCUAAGCCCAGUGUUGUGUCCAGUAGCUGCAAAACACGGUAACAAAAUUGAAAUAGGAACCAAAAUAUACACAUUUUCACCAUUUCCCUACUGAACACAACCUUGUCCUUUGGUCUAUUGUCACCCAACUGGGCCAAGGUCCUGUACUAGCAGUGGCAUUUGGCCCUCUGUACACAGUUCAACUCUUGUUUUUUCUGAGUCUGAUCUCUCCUAGGCAGCCAUCGGACGCUACGAUUGACCAACCGUUGGCUACGCCACUAUAACUAAUGUGGAUGCACCAAAAUCCAUAGUUUAACCCACCCCAAGAAAGACCUCACUUAUUGGGUGUAUUGGCGAAAUAUGUCUGGUGAGAGAACAAAAUAAGAAAAAAUGGCGGCGGCAGAUGAACAGCAUUAACAAUAAACAGCCUUGUGGUUCUUUGCGGUACUUCUUAUUUUCAAUGAGAAAUGUUUGGUUGAUAAUGAUCGGUUCUGCACACACACACUUAAAACCAGAGCUCAUAAGAGUCAUGUUGGACAACAAAAAUAAAACAGGUCAUGUGAGGUGCCGCUUUCUAGAAGAAAUGUGUUGUGGCCACGCACAUGCAGACAGCAAAGAUGGAAUGGAAAACCUGUUUUUAAAGUUUUGUAUUCACCAUGUAGAAUCGGACAUCAAAAUUAAAGUGCCAAACACGUUAAUUGUUGUUACAAUGUAUGCUGUUUUCAUACGGGAAGACAUGUCAAAAGUGUCAGCAAGGGAUUUUGGUACAUUUAUUCAUUUUCGUAACGAUUGUGUCAAAUUCCAAACCUUUUACACCUUAGAAACGCAGCGCAGUAUAGGAGCUAAGACAUUUGUGUGUCGACAUCAAUCCCCUUCUCCAUUUGUGUGUCGACAUCAAUCCCCUUCUCCCUUCAGUUCUAUCUAAGCCAUGCAAAGCAGGCAAUAUGUCCUUAAGCUUACUAUACUCAUUCUACGGUCGCUUGUAAUAGUAUUGUCAGUUCAACUCGGAUGCCCAUACUUUCAUGAUAGCUUUUGUUGUUGCCUUCAUUGGUAUUCUAGUCAUGCUAACUGACAACGAUGGAGACCCAUGUGAAUGCAUGGGGACUCCGUUGGAAACCAAUGUGGUCGAGGUCCAAUUCUCUGUAGUGUUGCAUUAUGGGGGCUGUGGUCCAAUACUCUGUUCGUAAGGUUGCAUUCUUUUUGGCUAGAGUUGUUUUAGAUGCUAGUGAGGACGAUAUUAAAAAUAAAAAAAAUAAAGAUGUCAUUUAUAUAAGGAAUUCUAUAUCAAAUAUAUUUUUAAUUGAUAAAUUAUGAGCCCACUUUGUUCAACUUGAACAGAAUCCUAUUUUUUGGGGUAUCAACUUUUUUAUUUUCAGUGAAAUGUUUAUUUUGCUCAGUUAUACUUUUUUUUACUAUCAUUUUGACCACCAAUAGGCAUAUUGUCAAGAGUGUAUUGUACUCUCAUUAUUGGGGACUCUCACCAGAAAUUUAGAAUAUUUAAUGUGUGGAUAUAUGAUCAGAUGGACUACCUAUUUUUGAUCUAGUUGAUAUUGAUCGAUUUUGUCAUUUAUUUUGUGUAGAGGAAUGUAUAUAGAAAAACUAGCUAUGUGGCUACUUACAGCAAGUCCCACAAACAUGUUUGUUUCUUGCCAUAAGAAUAGUGAAUGAUUAACUUGUGGUUGAGAAACCCGUUGGCAGUGGAUUGCAUAAUAUUUUAUAUUGCUGUUCCACAAUGUUCUGGGAAGAAAGUUCACCCCACUGUGGAAUGGUAGAGCGGAGCUUGUGAGAGCAAGG